AUGAUGAUCCCAAGCGUCAUCGCGCCCCCCGCCCUCUAUCCCGGCCUCUACCGGCCCGCGGCCACCGCUCUACCCCAUCUGCACCACAGCUUGCCCACGGCCUUGCCCACCCACUCCAGCUUCCUCGUGGAGGACCUACUACGGAUAAGCCGCCCCGCCAGCUUCCUAAACCGGACACCGCCCACCGCCGCCGCCGCCGCCGCCGCCGCGACCACCACGAUAUCGUUCGCCGACGUGUGCGUGGAUCGAGGCUCGCCCAAAACGUCGAGCAGCAAAGAUCCCACUUUCCUCAAGUUCGGAGUGAGCGCCAUCCUUGCACCGACGCCAAAGACACCGGCGUCCCCCCCGCCGGUCACCAGCAUGCACUCCAAGAGCUUCCACGUCCCCUGCUUUGACGGAACCUUCCAGCCCAUGUUCAGGACGCCUUAUUUACACGCAGCUUCUUCUCCCGUGCCAAUCCCGGGGACCUUCUCCUGGCCGCUGGCCGCCCGAGGGAAGCCCCGCAGAGGGAUGCUCCGGAGGGCCGUCUUCUCCGACGUGCAGCGCAAAGCGUUGGAGAAGAUGUUCCAAAAACAGAAGUACAUCAGCAAGCCCGACAGGAAGAAGCUGGCCUCCAAACUCGGCCUGAAAGACUCACAGGUGAAGAUUUGGUUCCAGAACAGGCGGAUGAAGUGGCGGAACUCGAAGGAGCGCGAGCUGCUCUCCUCCGGCGGCUGCCGCGAGCAGACGCUGCCCACCAAGGCCAACCCGCACCCGGACCUCAGCGAUGUGGGCAAGAAGUCCGAAGACGAGGACGAGGACGAGGAGGAGGCUUUCGGCAGGCAGACGACGCCGGGCUCCUGCGGCAUCUCCUCUCCUUCGCUCUCCAUCAAGCACUCGGACUUCUCAGAGUCAGACGAAGAGGAGAUAACCGUGUCGUAG